GUCCAAUGCCUCCUAUGAAGUAAAAUAAUCCAAUGAAUUCUAUGGUGGCGUAUUUUCAUAUGCGUCUCAUGAUGGACAAGUAUCAUGCGCGUUUUAUGGAGUCGAUUUAUGAUACGCGUUUUAUGAUGGAGAAGGAUCAUAUGCGUCUUAUGUUGGAGAUAUAUAAAUUGCGUCUUAUGUUGGAGAAUUAUCAUAUGUGUUUUAUGGAGUCGCCUUAUAAUAUGCGUUUUAUGAUAGAGCAUUAUCAAAUGCGUUUUAUGAUAGAGCAUCGUCAUAUGCUCCUUAUGAUGUCGAAUUAUCAUAUGUGUCGUAUGAUGAAGAAGCUUGAGAUGUCCAAUUAUCAUUUGCGUCUUAUGGUGGAGAAUUAUCAAAAUCCUUCUAUGAUGCCGGAGUAUACUGAUUUACGAUUUAGAUAUUUGAGUACUGUCGAAGAGUCAUGGAAACCAGUAUUGGCAUCAGAGUUAUAUGAGCAGUAUUUCAUUAACUUGUGUGAUUUCUUAACAAAAGAGAAAGAGGAAUUUGGAAAUACAAUUUAUCCUCCCGAGGAAGAAGUAUUCGCUUGGACACAAUACUGCGGUAUACAACAUGUCAAGGUUGUUAUUAUUGGUCAGGAUCCUUAUCAUGAAGAAGGUGAAGCGCACGGACUGAGUUUUAGUGUAAAAGAUCUUCAGACACUACCACCAUCACUAACAAAGAUCUAUAAAGAAUUGAAAACUAAUAUUCGAGGAUUUGAACCGCCCAACCAUGGUGAUUUAACUUCAUGGGCAAAACAAGGUGUUUUGCUCUUGAACUCAUGUCUGACGGUUCGAGAUGGAGAAGCAGGAUCACACAAAAAUAAAGGAUGGGAGGUAUUUACUGAUGCUGUAAUUCGACAUUUGAAUGAUAAUUACAGCGGAAUUGUAUUCAUGCUCUGGGGUGUCCCAGCUCAAAUGAAGAAAUGUUUCAUAAAUGAGAAAAAACAUCUUGUAUUGUGUUGUGGCCACCCUGUGUAUAAUCCCCGCGCUAAUUCUGAUUCCGUUCCUUUUAAAGGUUGUAAACAUUUUCUGCAAGCUAACGAAUAUUUAUUCAAGCAUAGCAUUGAUGGAGGGAUUAAUUGGACACUACCACCUGUCCCACUUGAGAGACUUGGUCAAUCUAUGCUUCAGGACACAUUUGUGCAACCUGGCUCACUUGAGACACAGUUUUCUCACAUGUCAAUUAAUCCGGCUUUUUCCGGAAUAUUCUGACAUUUUAUUGGGGAAUCACGGAAAACAGUUUGGGAAUCGAAAUUUGUUCAAGGAGGACAAUGACUUGCGUGACUUCUUAAGGGCGGGGGAAUAUUAAUAUACAAUUUCUUCUCUUGAAAAGAAGUUUUUGCUUGGAUCGGUGAUGAAUACGGUGGAUUAGAAAAUGUCAAAGUUGGUAUUGUUGGACAAGAUCCUUAUCCAGAGGAAGGACAUGUACAUUGACUGAGUUUUAGCCCAAAAUAUUCUCAGUAUCCUCUAUCAUCACUGAUGAUCUUCAGAGAAUUGGAGAAUAAUAUUCCUGGAUUUGUCCCUCCCAACCAUGGUGAUUUAACUUCAGGGGCAAAGCAAGGUGUUUGACUUUUAAACUCAACUCUGACGGUUCGAGCCGACGAACCAGCGUCACAAAAAUACAAAGUAUACAAAACUGGAGCUAAA